GUUUCCUGACGGUUCAUAUAGUUUGUAACACCAGUUUGAGUGAUUCAGUGGCGCGAAUAAUAAGGCGAACGGCUGAAUGUGAUCAACGAUAUAACUUAAAAAAUAAAACAAAAAACGAAAUGUUAAUGUAUUCGGAACAUUUGCGACAAGUUACCCGAUAGUGCUGACGCUUAGUAAUGAUAUUUUAUCAAGUAUAGCUAUUUUACUUUGGAAAUGUAGCUAACCGGUUACGGGCUGCUGCUACUGAGUAAUGUUCGUAAAGUUAGCAAGGGCUGUUUGUGACGGUGAACAGCAAUACUUUCGACAAAUAUAUUUUAACCGAGUUCAUAAAACAGAAAUUGAGUUCCUUUGACGACUAAGUGAGUAAAUUAUCCUCUUGGAGACCCGCAGAUGAGGUUACACACAAUGUCUAAAGAAGAAAAGGAAGGCUUUAUUGUCAAGUUUGUUGAAAGUAAAGGACAGACUUCAGUGUAUGCUGACCAAGCUUACCAGGCUAUUACAGAGCUGCAGUCAGAAAAGUACCUCAAAAAGAUUGAUGAAGAAGCUGUAUUGAACAUGGACCAGAAGGACAAGUCCCUGUUUAUUUUCAGUGACUUUGACACUCCUGCCUUCCAGCACUGCAAGAACCUCGGCUGCCGGAUCGUGAGUCCGCUGGUGGUGGUGUUCUGCCUGCAGCAGCAGCGUUGUGUACCCAAAGCGGAGAACCCGGUGUACAACAUGGCCAUGGCCGACAUCACUGUCUCCUGCACAAGCUUGGAUAAAACGACUCGGUCCGAGGUGAUGAAUUUGGUGGAGCUGAUGGGCGGGCGUGUCUAUCUGGACCUCAACGUGUCCGUCACCCACCUGAUUGCCGGCGAGGUGGGGAGUAAAAAGUACCUGGUGGCCGCCAACCUGGGCAUACCCAUCCUGCUCCCUUCCUGGGUCAAAGCCUGCUGGGAGAGUUCACAAAACAGCCUCUUCAGGUACACAGAGCUGCCCAGGGAUGAGCACCUGUGCCCGGUGCUGCAGGGCUGCACCGUGUGCGUGACGGGAAUCUCCAGCACCGAGCGCAAAGAAGUGCAGCGUCUGUGCGAGCAGCACGGCGCCAGCUACACGGGCCAGCUGAAAAUGAACGAGUGCACCCACCUCAUCGUCAACGAACCCACAGGUCAGAAGUACGAGUGUGCGCGCAAAUGGAACGUUUACUGCGUGUCCCUGCACUGGCUCUUCGACAGCAUCGAGAAGGGCUCCUGUCAAGACGAGUCUCGCUACGCCGUGGGGACCCGGGCCUCCAAAAGCCGGCCAAACACGUCCACGCCCACCGGCUCCGGCACGAAGGAAGAGGGUCCUUCUCUGCUGGGUUUGAGUAACAUCCCUGUCAACGCCAGCGUGACAGUUAGCGACCCGACCCUAACGAACGGAUCCAUCAGCCGGAUGGAAACGCUGGACGCCAUUGAAAGUCUGGAUCUGAGCGUGUGCCCCGCGGACGACCUCCUGGACGGCUGUAAGCUUUAUCUCUGCGGCCUGCCGGCGAGGAAGCUGGACAAGCUGCGUCGCCUGGUGAACACCGCAGGGGGUCUUCACUUCAACCAGCAUAACGAGGAGCUCACGCACGUGGUCGUCGGGGAACCGGACCAGGACCUCAAGACUUUUCUGUCCAGAGCAACUCACAGACCUCAUGUGGUGACAGUCCAGUGGCUGCUGGACAGCUUCUCCCAAGGCCGCCUCCUCCCAGAAGAAGACUUCCUCCACCGUCUGCUUCCCGCUCCCGCCGAGGUGUUGUCGGCGCCGGUCCGUCGCAAACCCGCCCCCAGGCCCUCGGUCAGCCCCCCCGCCGCCAGUCCCAGCACGCCGAAACUCAAGCAAGCGGAGGAGGACAUCCUCUUGCAGUACCUGGAUGAUGACCCGACAGUCAUUGAUGUGCUGCCAGCAGGUGAGAUUGACAGGAAGUCCAUCAGCGUGCCCGCCGAACAGUCCUGGACCCUCAACCACGGGGCCGGACCUGAGACGGACUCCACAAUGCAGGAGGCCAGCGAGGCGGGUCUCUUUGCCGGCAAACGAUUCCUCUUGCUGGGCUUCGGCGCCGAGGCGGAGGCUCAACUUGUCCUGUUGGUGACGGAGAACAGAGGUCGGGUGCUGGGGAGCCGCACGCGUGCUGUUGCCGAUUAUGCCGUGGUGCCUCUUUUGGGCUGUUCUGUGGAGGCCACGGUGGACGAGGUGGUCACUGAUACGUGGCUGGCCAUGUGCGUGGAGAGGGAGUGUCUCCUGGAGCCUUCCUCCAAUCCUCUCUUCACUCCCGUUCCCGUGAUGGACGGACAUUUCCCUCUCAAGGAUUGCGUCCUUUCUGUCAGCCAGUUCACUGGAGCUGAGCGGGAGUCUUUGGUGGAGCUUGCCCAGCACCUGGGAGCCAAUGUCCAGGACUACUUUGUGCGCUUGGCCAACCCCAAGAAAGGAAUGCUGGCCAGCACUCACCUGGUGCUGCAGAGCCCCGACGGCACAAAGUACCAGGCGGCCAAGAAGUGGGGGCUGCCGGCAGUCACCGUGCACUGGAUCACGGCGUCGGCGAGGACCGGCAAGAGGGCGGCCGAGGAGCGCUUCUUGGUUGACCUUCCGCCUUCUCCUGAUCCGGAGGAAGAGAGUUUUGUCUGCGCCUCCCAGAGGACGUCCAUGCCGGGACCAUCCCAAAUGGCGCGUUCUUCCCCGGACGUCCCGCUGCUCGGUUUUCAGAGCGGCAAGGCGGUCACGCCGCUGGAUUUGGGACGGUUCCGGAGCAAAAUGUUCCGCUCGAUCUUGGAAGACAUGAAAGCAAAAAAGGUCGCCGGCGCACCCAACCGAAGCCAGGUGGUCGGAGGCGGCAAGAACCAACUCGUCGAGGGGCCCUCGCUGGACCUGGACACGCCGUCCAAGUUCCUAACCAAGGGUCAGCUCUUCUGGCCCAAGUUUGAGAUCAAGGAGGCAUUAGAGGCAGUGGAGGCAAUGGAAACUCCAGUUGGGAGGUCCAAGCCUGCGGAGAAGGCGGAGACGCCGCUGACGGACCUCGUUGAGAGGAACCUGAAGGUGGCGCUGGCCAACAGCACCCGCGGCUUCGAUGUCAACCAGAUGCAGGCCCUCUCUGCCAGCCCCGAGCUCAGCACCACCAGGAAGGAGGGGGUACAAAAGGAGACCGGCCUGCUAACUGGUGUUGUGAUCUGCGUGGGCAAGAAGCUGAACAAGAUGCAAAACGAACUGAACGCCGUGGCCGCCUCUCUCGGGGCAGAAUUCAGAACGGCCUGCGACGAUACCGUCACCCACUACAUCUACCAAGGCCGAGUGGGCGACAACAGUCGCGAAUAUCGCGGAGUGAAGGAGAGGGGGCUGCACGUGGUCUCGCAGCACUGGUUGGAAGCUUGCGGCCAGGAGCAAAGGCACGUCCCGGAGUCUCUCUAUCCAUUUACCUACAACCCCAAGAUGAGCCUGAACCUCAGUCAGAUUCCCAGCGUGGGCCCAAGAGAUACUGAGCUCAAGGCUGUAGAAGACGCUUCCACCACUGGCUGCACGAGCAACGAGCGAGAUGACCUUGCAGACAAGAACGAUGUUUCUGAGACGCUGGAGAUGAGAGAGAACCUGCAAAGAGCGCUCAAAGAGAUCAUGUCGGCCACCAUGAAGACGACCGCCAGGCGGACGUCGGUGCGACUCAGUCGGAAGGGGUCCGCCGGCGCCGACGCAGCCCCCAACACUCCUGGCGGCAGCAGGCGCACGCUGGAAGCGUUAAGGGUCUCCCACCCAGCUGCUUUGGAUAUCAACACGGAGCCCUCCCAGAGCGAGCAGAUCGUUUGGGACGAUCCGACGGCCAGGGAAGAGAGGGCCAAGCUGGCCGACAACCUGCAGUGGCCCGGUAGUCCUUCGCAGCACUCGGAGUCCCAGGCGCCGCCGCCGCAGACCGCGGCACGCCAGGCUGCGCAGCUCAAAGACUCCAUGACCGACUCGCAGCUGGUGGAGAUGGCGGGUUGCGAUGUCAUCAACCAGCAAAUUGGCAAGAAGGCCUCAGCUCCCGCCCGGGAGGAGCCACAGAAUGACAUCCUGACCCCCGAAGCCCCCAGCAUCGCCUUCCCACUCGCAAAACCCUUGGUUGCUCCAGAGCCAGAGGAGGCGAGGGAAGAAGUGAAGACUCCGCCCAGAUUCCAGCUGUCCUCCCUCAGUCCUCAGGAACGCAUUGAUUACAGUCACCUCAUUGAAGAGCUUGGUGGGGUCGUUCUAGACAAGCAGUCGUUUGACCCCAGCUGCUCCCACAUCAUCGUAGGCACACCCCUGCGCAACGAAAAAUACCUGGCAGCUAUGGCGGCCGGCAAGUGGAUCCUGCAUCGCUCGUACCUGGAGGCCUGCCGCUCCGUGGGCCGCUUCAUACCGGAGGAGGACUACGAGUGGGGCAGCAGCUCCAUCUUGGACGCGUUGCCCUCCCUCACUUUGCAGCAGAGGCGCUUAGCAUUAGCUGCCCAGCGCUGGAGGAAAGCCUUGCGAGGACCCACGGAACAGGACGGACAGGGAGCCUUCAGCGGAUGGACGGUGAUGUUGAACAUCGACCAGAGCCGAGAAUCCGGCUUCAGGCGGUUGCUGCAGUCGGGCGGGGCCGAGGUCUGCGUUCUAGCAUCAUGGCCACUGCAACUCGACUUGAUACAUUUACAGCAAAUGUUGUUUUUGUUGUUGUUGUUGUUUUUUUUCCUCCAGGUGCUGCCGAGCGGCUCGCCUUCAAUGUACAAGGUGGCCACGCACCUGUUCGCCGACUUCAGCCGCCUCCGGCUGGGCGACUUCCGCGCGGACGUGUCGGAGGCCUCCGCCCAAAACGUGAUGUGCCUGAAGCCCGAGUACAUCGCCGACUACCUGAUGCAGGAGCCCAUCCCUCCCGCGGCGCUCUACCUCCUCACUGAGAGCCCCCCCGAAGCGGCUCCCGGCACGUCGUCGCUUAAACGCAAAGCGACGGAGCGCACCUCCCGGCUGAAAAAGUCUCGUCUGCACUGAAAAACACCCUCUCCCUCCCUCUCGCUGAAAAUAUUGUACAUAAGAUUAGUUUUUCAUGUCCGAAAUAAAGUAAGCACAGCGCA